CGCCUCUAACAGAUCUAAUCGCUAAAGUGAGUCUCGUCUCUUCUGCCCAAAAACGAAACCAGAAAAUGGCUGAGGCAUCACCUGCUUUGAGGAAGCCAGUGUUCACCAAGGUCAGUGAGCUGAGACCAGGAACCAAUGGUUUCACACUUAACGUGAAAGUUAUCAGCACGAAGAUGGUGAUGCAGAGAGGAGGUGGAGGUCGUCCCACUGGUCCUCAGGCUCGUCAGAUGCGUAUUGCUGAAUGUCUUGUUGGUGAUGAGACUGGUAUCAUUAUCUUUACCGCAAGAAACGAUCAAGUGGAUUUGAUGAAAGAAGGAAAGAUAGUGACUCUGCGUAAUGCAAAGAUUGACAUGUACAAGGGAUCUAUGAGGCUUGCUGUUGAUAGAUGGGGCCGUGUUGAAGUCGCUGAGGAUUCCACAGACAUUACUGUCAAGGAAGAUAACAAUCUUUCGCUCAUUGAGUAUGAGCUUGUGAGCGUCGAAGCUUAAUUUGGUUCUCAGCCUUUCCACCAAAAGAAAAGCAGUAAAGACCCAUUCUCUAGUUGGAGAAGUAGUAACCUCUCUCUCUCUCUCUCUCUGCUUUGAGUUUUUGCUUAUCCGAUGUACCAUUCUCGUUUUCAUAAUCAGCUUUAUGGUUUUCUUUAUGUUUUUUUUGUAGAUUGAAUCUUUCUUUGUAAGUCAUGGGAUCAUUUUCUUGUUUAGUUUUCGUUUCUUUGUGGUUUCCUUGGACACGCUAAAGCAAAAGAAAACUUACACAAUAGUUGUCACCAAGAAGAAUACAAAAGCAAGAAUCAGUUUUAAUUUAAACUUCACUCUUUUGAACG